CUCUGAGCGGCGGGGGAAGCUGCUGCUGGGGGAAGGGUGCUCGGGUGCUGCUUUUCUGUGCUCCUCUGUGGGGAUCUGAGCGAGGUGGGGGCCGAGGUUUUGUCUCGGAGGCCGCCGUGCCGGGCGCGGCCGUCUACCGUCGCGCACUGCCGCGCUGGAGGCUCCCGAAGCUUGGAGCGCUCCGUUACGGAGCGUGGCCGCAGCUGGGCCGGGGGUGCUGGGUGAGCUCUGAGCUGCUGUCAGAGAGACCACUAUCGUCGAGCGCAACGCCAGCGGGACUGCAGCCCUGCUGGUAGCAGCGGCUGCGAGCAGAUGCUUACUCUGAGGGCAGCCAUGGAUCAGGUAAUGCAAUUUGUGGAACCCAGCCGUCAGUUUGUAAAAGACUCCAUACGACUGGUUAAAAGGUGCACUAAACCUGACAGGAAAGAAUUCCAGAAGAUUGCAAUGGCAACAGCAAUAGGCUUUGCAAUAAUGGGAUUUAUUGGCUUCUUUGUCAAGUUGAUCCAUAUCCCAAUCAACAACAUUAUUGUAGGCGGCUGACUGCUCAUCAUGAAGAAUGAUACAUCGUGACAUUUGCUGCAAAAAUUUCACGAGUGUGUAACUUGUUUGCUAUUAAACAGUUUUGGGUUUGCAAACUCA